CGUCGAUACCGGAUAGCGAAAUCCUCUCUCAAUUUUAUGCUGCCUUGGAUGCUGGCGAAGCUUCGACGRCUAAAAUGCAUUCAAUGAUCCCUCUCCGUUGAAGAAUAGUCUUCAACAACGACAACCUUUCCCCUUUCCAUCUAUUCAGAGAAGAAAGAGGAUCUUCAGUACUAUAGGCGGAUAGUGRUCAGUUAUUUCGUAGCAAACCUAAUAUCUCAUCAUGUCAGCGAAUGUUGCUCCCACGCGUAUGGCCCAGCAGAUCUACAAGGGUAAGAAGAAAGCCGCUCAAGGAGGACAUAAGCUGCUGAAGAAAAAGGCAGACGCCCUUAAGGUGAGUCGAUUGAACGAUUUCUGUCGCCACGUCGUAACGCUGUCCUUUUGUACGCUCCUCUUUGAUUUGUGGAGAAAAUGGACGGGGAAGAUUCUUGAACCAUUUCGURAAGAAUGGUAUGGAGAAGGUUGCGAACGAAAGGCAAUGGCCUCAAAGCCGCAACUUUUGAAGGCUCCCUUUUCUUUCAACUGCCAWAGAGAAUUAGGUACAGUUUGUAGAUGAAGCCAAAUGAGUUCGAAAAUGAAGAAAAUUUGAGAGUAUCCAUAUGCAGUCCAAGUGGAUAGGCGAUGUACUGUCUUCACAAAGAUAUAUAUUUUCCAGAUUGAGGCACAUUCGUUAAUCAUUGGAUUAAAUUCAAUUUUGUUUCACUGAUAUGAUGUGUCGAUAUCCGUAUCUCACCAUAAUUUUUGCUUUCGCGACUUCCCAUUAGGUGAAAUUCCGAGACUAUGCGAAGAGUAUUGCCGAAACAAAGUCUGGAAUGUCUUCUGAUGCAUCCAGUGCAUUUUUCAGUUUGACACAAGCUGAGUAUGCUGCCGGAAACUUCAAGCAAAAGGUUGCGGAAGGAACUAUGAGUGCCCGAAUCCGAGUCGGAGCUGGUGUCGAUAACGUGGCUGGAGUCAAACUUCCUGUCUUCACUGUGUACGAUACCGGUGCCGAAGCUGAUAACCAAUCGCUAGGAUUGAUCGGUGGAGGGAAAAAGAUUGUCGCUGUUCGUGAAAAGUUCACCAUUCUAUUGGAAAAGCUCAUUAAGUUAGCUAGUUUGCAAACAUCGUUUGUCACGCUUGACGAGGCGAUGAAGGUUACAAACCGACGCGUCAACGCUCUUGAAAACGUCACGAUUCCCAGGAUUGAGGCGAUCUUGAAGUACAUCGAGCGUGAACUCGACGAGUUGGAGCGUGAAGACUUCACACGACUUAAAUUAGUGCAAGGAAAGAAAGAACAGGCGCUAUUGUUAGAAGCCAAAGCGAAGGCAGCUAUGGGAGUCAAUGAUAACGGUGCCGAUAGCGGAGACAUCAUGUCGGGCUUCACUGCGGAGGAUGACGAUGUGGUCUUUUAAGUUUUUUAAGGUUGGUACUCCGGGUCACUAUUUCUAUAACU